GAAGAGCGGUUGGCGGGGGCGCGAGCCGGCGCGGAGUCAAUCGAAGGGGCGGCGCUAGAGCGCCCUGGCCACGCCUCUUAAAGCGCCCUCGGCCGCCUUGCGGGCCACACGGGUCGCGCGGCGAGUGAGCGGCCGAGGUCCGCUGAGGCCUGCGGCUGUGUUCCUUGUCUCUGCUGAGACUGGAAGAUGAAGGGCAGCCGCCGGUGCACACAUAGUCUGUGGCUUGCAGACAGUCAGAGUACGCAGGGGAGUCAGCGCCCCGCGCCCAGACCCGGCCAGAGAGGAAGCGAAGUGUGCGUUCCGGACUGGCUCGCCCCUUGACUACACGCGACACUCCUCUCCCGGACCCAGCCGGCGAGCUCCCAUGCAGCUGAUCCGCCCCCUAGGGACGCGGCGCAUGGGCCGGGCCAGGGAGUGCGGCCAGGGGCUCCGGAGCGAGGCUCCGCGGGGCUCAGAACCCCGCGCUCAUCUGCAUGCUGCUUUGCAUCUCAUUUACAUAAUUUACCGCCCCCUGCCCCAAAGUUACAGAUGGAUGAGAGAAGCUGACCUUCCGCUCUGGGACUAUCUUCCCUUCUACCAUGGAGAAAGCCUUGUUGCCGCUGACCAUAACAUCUGACCCAAGGCCCUUCAAUCAACAGCUCCCCGAGCCUCCGGACCUGAGAUGUGCCUUGGAACCCCAGGACAGCCUUGAACUGGCGCCUGCUCUUGUGUGCGUGCUUUGCUGCUGCUUUGGAAUCAUCUACUGCUGCUUCGGCUACCGCUGCUUCAAGGCAGUGAUGUUUCUCUCCGGUCUGCUGUCGGGAGCUCUGGUGAUCUUCCUCCUGUGCCACAAGGAGCGAGUGUUGGAGACACAGCUGAGCCUGGAGGUGAGCGCAGGCAUCGCGCUGGGCAUCGGACUCCUCUGCGGCCUGGUCACCAUGCUGGUUCGCAGCGUCGGGCUCUUUCUGACUGGUCUGCUGCUAGGUCUGACCCUAGGUGCUGGAACCUUAUUGGGCACAGAACCAGUCUACCAGCCACAUUCAGCCUGGGUGCCAAUCGGUGGACUGAUGGGGCUGGCGCUGCUGGGAGCCCUGCUCACACUCCGGUGGCCACGUCCAUUCACAGUCCUAGGCACAGCCCUCCUGGGCGCUGCCGUGCUGGUGGCCUGUGCUGACUACUUCUUGGAAGGGCUGGCACUGGGCACUCGGCUGAGCGAACGCCUGCAGGCGCUUCCAGGAUUGCUUCCUCUUUGCUGGUAUAGCUGGGUCUUACUGGGGACCUGGCCAAUCUUGGGGGCUCUUGGGACACUGGCCCAGUGGAAACUCAUGGCUGAGGAACGCGGAAGCCACACCAAUGUGGUCUUGAGCCACCAGAGAAGGCAUCUCCAGCUCCUCCGGAUCCAUCAGCAAGAGGCUAAGUGGCAUCGGAACCCUUCUGGAGUGGGACUGUAUGAAGGCAGCUAUCGAAGUCAACUUUCCCCCAAUAUCCGGAGCCCUGGUGACAGUCUGGCUCCAGUGAGCGGGAGGGUGAGGUACCCUGGGGAAGAUGGGUCAGAGGGCGUACAGUGAUGGCCAGGGUGAGCUUAGGGUCUGACCCAGAACCCCCUUCUACUCUCUCUGGCCUGUGUCCACGCCGAGGUAUCUCCAGAGUCUCCGUGAGGCCACGGGUCCCCGCACCGUCCUGGACCUGGGUUCUGAGUGCAGUCCCACUGCCCUCUGUCCAUCUUCUCAUUCCGCCCAGACCUGAGCCUAAGCCUCUGUGAUGCCGCUACCCAAGUAAGGGCAGGAGAUUGCUAAGUGGAUAUGGCCUGAGCCCACGGGACCCACACAGAGUUCCCUACCUCUUGGACUUGGAGAUAGUCUCUAUCCCCAGACUAACCCUUUUAAAGGCAGGCAGAGAGAAUUCUUGUACAGAUGGGAGAGAGCAAUACAGCACCUACCUCUGUCAGUGGUCACGGUGCCCUGGUCCCUAGAGACACUGGCUCCAAACCAAGGAGAUUUACCCAAAACAGCUUUAAAAAAAAAAUUCCUGUAGUGCCGAGACAGAACCUAGAGUGUUGUCCAGAGUAGGCAAGCGUCCUACCACUGAACUACGACCAUUCCCAAAUAUCCGUUUAAACGUCCCGAUGUGCCUUACUAUGGUAAAUACAGGGCUCUAUUGUAGGACCUGUAGAAGACCCAGGAGCCCCCUGAGGCAUUAACAGUUUUUCUGGUAGGGAAAAUGGCACAGAAGUAUCUAAGAUCCCCCAGCUCCCAGGCUCCUUAGGGGUACCUGGACUUCUGGUUGGCCUUUCUCAGUGGACCCCAUAGUCUUGAGUCCCCUCUACCUCAGGGGAAUGGCAAUCCUCCAUGGUGCUUUCUCCUUUCUCUUCAAUGAGGGAAGACCACAGAAUCUGCCUCAGCUCCCCUCUCCAAGAGCUGGCUCCUUCUCCAAGAAGAGAGCAUUGACUCACAUACCUAAUUCUUGCCUUUUUGUUCAGAGAAACCUGAGCUUCAGGGCUGCACGGUAGUCAAGUGCCUUCUGCCUCCACUAACCUGUCCUAACGCUCCCUCCUCUGACUCUACUAAGCAAGAUCUACUUCCUGGUUUCCCAGACAGUAUGAAGGAACACACAUCCCUCCCCCAGCAGCAAAUCUGUAAUGAGAGGGGGGAAGAACAAGGGGACAUGGGAAUAAAAUGGCUUUGAAAAUUCAA